CAUACAUCAGUAGUUUGCACACACAUUUUUAUAUUUUUUGACUUAAUAAAUUUUAUAGUCUAACUUACGAAUACAAACUCAAAAAUGCAUACAUAUGUAAUACAAAAUAUAUAAAAAAUCAGUAAGAAAGGGAAGGCAGCAUCUGCUACCCAGUGAAUGUCAAUUCUUCGUUGCGGAAAGUUAAACACCUUUUAUAAUUCCACAUACGUGUUAUCUACUUUAACUUAAAAAAUUAACUAUAUGUUAGUGUUGACAUGGGUGUUUAGUUCAUAAUUCUUUUGAGGUUUUUUGUCCAUGGGUACGAGAAAAUUUAAAAUAUAGAAAAAUUAAAAAUGAACAACAAUACAGAUCUGCAUAAUUCCGUUGAUCAGGACUAUUCCGAAUUUCUCAGCGAGUAUUUAUUGCAAAACAAUUCCCAAAGUAUCGAACCUGAAGCCAAUUACGAAGAUGGAGAAAUGGAAGCAGAGUGGUUGGUUUCCGCUGGUUAUCCAGAAUUGAUAAAGCCCUUCAAACAAGGGUUAGAGGUUUCUAAAACUGACUUGGAUCCCAUACUUACUACUUUAUCUAAGCCACAUGCUGAAGCGAUUGUACAACUGGUAAGGACCCUGAACAAAACGGUACGGGGACGCACAAAAAGCCGACCAAAACGGAAACCUGAUAUAAGAGAUGUAUUUCGCGAAUUUGAUGAACGAAGUACAGGGACACGCUCACGAAGUGCCACACCAGAUUCUCUGGACUCUUUACAAAUUGAUCAAGCUUGGACAAACAAUUACUUACCCAAUUUUGUAAAUAACUAUGAAAAAAAUAGUGAAACUGGUAAACGAUGUGUAGAACAAUCUGAAGAAAUAUAUUUAAAACCAAUCCUACGACGAACACCUAGCGCCCCACUUAAAAGCGGCACCUGUGUGGAUAUAUUUCGUGGUUCGCAUGUGCGAUGUGAUAUACCUUUGUACUCGACGCAUGGUGUCGAAUUGCUUGGAUAUUCACGGAUUAGCACCAUACAAUUGCCACGAAACCGAUCCGGCUCUGAUCCCUUUUGUUCUAUUGGCCGAUCAACGGAUUGUCAAAGUGAAAACGAUACACCAUCACAAAAGAUCACAUUGAGUGAAAAGCUGUCAGCUUCAGAGAAUGAAUGUAUUCGCCUUUUUCCUAUGCCCUACAAUAUUCUAAGCUUUGAAAGUAUUUGUCGAGACUCCUCUAGUACUGAUAGCUGCGAAGUACUAGAUAACUGUGAUACCCCUUCAACAGUAUUCACAGAUAUUGCAUCAAUAAGCGAAACUGGCAUGAAACGUUUACAGACAAUACUUUGGUUAGAAUUAGCCACAAUAUUUGAUCGCAACAAAGUUUCUUUAGAUAAAAGAAAGCCCUUUAAACGUCGUCGCAAAGAAGAAGGUAAUCUCUUUGGGGUAUCUAUAAACGCUCUUAUACGUCGGGAUCAGCAAGUUACUGGCACUGACUCAUCUUUAGUCCCACUAUUUUUGGAAAAUCUAAUUGGCGAACUUCUGCGACGUGGCUCUAGAGAAGAAGGAUUACUUCGAAUAGGUGGUCAUAAGCAAAAGACUGAAUUACUUUAUAAUGAAUUAGAAUCAGCCUUUUAUCAUAAUCCGGAAAAUGUAACUAAUAUUUUUUGCACAGCUACUGUUCACGAACUUAGUUCGUUGCUAAAACGAUGGUUGCGAGAACUUCCUCAACCUUUACUUACUAGUGAGCUGAUACAACUGUUUUAUCAAUGUCACACACUUCCGUCAAUAGAUAAAAUGAAUGCACUAUCGAUUUUAUGUCACCUGCUUCCACCCGAAAAUAGAAACACAUUACGUUCUUUAUUAAGUUUUUUUAAUUAUAUUAUUAAUCUAAAGGAUAUAAACAAAAUGAAUGUUCAUAACGUAGCAACAAUUAUUGCACCAUCACUAUUCCCACCACGUUAUAUACACCCGAGUGACAAAAACAGCAUUGCAGAACAAGUUAGAAUGGCCGCACAGUGUUGUCAUUUAACGAAUAUUUUAAUCUUACGUGGUGAACGACUUUUCCAAGUACCCAACAAUUUAAUUAUGGAAUCACAGAAAACAAUUAUGGGUAAGAAAGGAUGGCAUCGGCAUCGGAAUUUAAAUGAAAUUACUGCAAACCCAAGUGGAAAGGCGAGCAAUGUUGGCGUCGGACACGAUUCUACAGUUAUAAAUAAAUACUCAACCAAUUUAAAGCAUUUACAUCCAUUUGUUAUUUGAACAAUCGGUUGCUAACGAUGCUUAAGUUGUAUUUUAUGUUGAUUAUAUAUUUACGUAUUUUUAAAGAAAAUAUAUGGAAUAUUCUUUAAUUUAAA